AUAAUAAUAAAACUAUAUUAAUUUAGUAUUAUUAUAACAUAACAUGUGUGGCCGAUGAGUCAUUCCCCAGCUAAUCUUGUCUGUGAAGGAUUUAGAUGGAAUCUUCUUUGCUAUCUAAAUCCUAAUAAACCCAUUUGAGCAAGAUAUUACCCUAACAAACGGAUCCAAUUAUUCUUAAUUUUGUUCCCAAUUUCUUCUCUUUUUUUUUUCAUCUAUAUAAUGUACCCUUUACGGAAAAGUGAAGAGAAGUGCUUCCAGAUUUCGUUUAAUCCUCACCAACACAUAAUUCCAGAAGAUCUGAUUUUUGGGCAUCAUGGUUCAGCUGCUGUGGGAGCUGCUGAUAAUAAUAAUGAUAAUAAUAGUAACAAUAAGAACAAUGGAGUCAAGAAUUUGAGUAUGGCUAGGAGAAGAAAACCACUGGUUGAAACUUUGGAGGAUGAUGAUCAAGAUCAUAAAAUCAAAUUGAUGCAUAGAGAAAGGGAGAGACAAAGAAGACAAGAAAUGGGUGCUCUUUAUAUGUCUCUAAGAACCCUACUUCCUCUUGAAUUUAUCAAGGGAAAAAGGGCGAUAUCGGACCAAAUGAAUGGCGCAGUGAACUAUAUAAAACAUCAAGAGCAGAAAAUCAAAGAAAUUGAAGCGAAAAGAGAUGAAUUGAAGAAGAUGUAUAAUUCAAAUAAUUUUGAGAGAUCAAAAUUAGAAGAAACAUCAAAUUGUAGCUUUAAAAUUAGCUGUUUUGAUGGAGGAGUAGUUGAAAUCUUGAUCACAACAAUUGGUUUUCAUGGAUUUCCCCUCUCGAGAAUCUUGAAAGUAGUUGUUGAACAAGGGCUUGAAGUCAUUAGAUGUGGUUCUACCAUAAUUAACCACAAAUCAAUACACACCAUCCAAAUCGAGGUUAAUGAUCCAACCUCCCUUGAUCUGGCUGAGCUUGGAAACAAGCUUAUAGAAGCAGUGCCACUGCUAAGACAAGUAACAGAUUAACAUUUAAUUAGUUACUAGUUGUUUGUGCUUAAUUAGGAUUUUACUUUUUAAUGGGACCUCUCUUAAUUACUAGUCUGUAACUGUGAUUACCUUCAGCUGUUUUCACUCUGAAUUCCUGAUUAACUCCUUUUUUUUUUUCUUUUUUACAAAUUACUUUUCUCUGUACAGAAUAUCUGCCUUCUAUAUGUGAAACCUAGCAUUUCUUUUGCCUUUUGCAUA